GUUUUCCACUGAUUGGAAUACUUAUCCACACUGUAUAAAUAGUAGUGGAAACAGUUGCAUUUGUCAUAUGAAUUCAGGAUGCGUUCAACUGUAGGUUGGCUUUGUUUUGGAAUUUUGGUGGUUUGUGUCUUCAGUGUUGAAUCAGAUGUCUCAUCAUCAGGAGGCUAUCAAAUUAUAGAGGGACAUAGCAUUGGUUAUCCUGGUCAGAUAUUCCAAAGAGUCGCUAUUCCAACAGUUGGUUACCCAAGCAAUGUACCUCAAGUUCAAGCUAGGUACGUAGAAGCUCGAAAUGAUGGUUAUCAAGAUUCAUACGAAUACGAACGUGACGAAGAGGAUGGCAGUGAAGAAACCAGCGGUGAAGAAGGAAACCGAAGUGAAGAAACCAACAGCAGAGAAGAAUACUAUGAAGAAAAUCGAGAGGAACAUUACGAUCCUGCUCAUGCUGAGCAACAAAGAUAUGAAGAGGAAUUAGAUCGACAAGAAGAAGAAGAUUUAAUGGAAGAAAAUAGUGAAUUUUAUUCCGAAAACGAACCAUCGUAUAGUAGAGAAGAAAGCGAAGAAGAUGAAGACAUGGAAAGAUAUAUGUAUGAAAAUGGACGGCAAGCAUAUAGAAAUAUCAAUAAGAUUCAAAUUAAUGCAACUGCACCAACUUCCUCUAAAAAUACUUCCAACAAAAUUAAAGCUUCUUCGCCAAAGAACCCAAUCAAAGACGCUCGCAGAAAAAACAAUAAAAACAAGGCCAAUAAUUCUAAGACAAAAAAACCAAUUAAUUUGACUGAAGAAACUUUGAAAAACUCAACUAAAACUCAAGAAAUCGAUGAGAGUCAGAAGCAGAACUGGCAACUUAAAGUAGUCACUAACUCAAAUACACAAUUUGUAGCUACUCCAAUAGCUGAUUUGAUCUUAAGGCUGUCCAUUUCUUUGGCUAAACCCAUUGGACAAGCGAACGAAACUUCAACAUACAUUACUGUACCUGUUCGUUUGGCUAAUAAUGAUGGAGGAAGUGACAAGAAGAACACCUCAGCGUCGGAUACGUUUAAGAACAAAGUGGAGACAUUACUUCAAAAAAUCAGUUCAGUUGCUGCAAUUUCUCGGCCUUCCAAUACUCCAAUCUCUGUUCCAAUCAAGGAAGAAGAAGUUUCACAUAACCAGGAAAAAGAUGACGGAGAAGAAGCAGGCGACGACGGUGAAGAUCAGGCAUCAACUUAAUCUUUGGCUAGAUGUAACGGAAAAUGAUUUUUGUUCAACUUCAAAAUAAAAAUAGCAAAAAACUUA